AAUGUCUUCUUUAAAAAGUUUUUUACUUUUCUCUUCAUUGCUACUCCUCGUUUUUGGGUAGACCUGCAUUGAUCAUAGUGGAAACGCUAUAGAUUGGUGGUUUAUUUUGAAGAUGCCAACAGAUAAAACUUUUAGUGUUAGAGGUAAAUAAAAUUUUCAAUAUUCAAGGAAUGGAUUAUUUGUAUUGUGAUGCCAAAAAUAAUUGUGGUACUUUUGAUUGGCAAACUGAUCAAUUGGAUGAUCUAACAUCUCCUUUAUAAAGAACUAUAGCUUAAAUUGAUUUCCAUGAUGAUAAUGUAAUGAGUGUCCUAUGGAGUGAUUAACCUUGGAACAAAAAUACAAUAUCAGACAGAGCCCAUUCAAAGGGUAUUUUAAGUGCCAAUAUAAAUGGAGACGCAUUUCUUAUCUCUCAUUCAACACCUACGUUCCCAAUGCUUGAUGACGCAUACGAGUAAAAAAUUCAAUACAAAUUUUAUUAGUUAAAUUGUAUUAGGCAUGCCUUCUUCUUCUUAAGUAUAUGGUCAACAUUAUAUGUGUUUGUCUAUUACAACUACAGAGGCUAAUAGAUUAGCAACUGAAUAUAUAAUUGCUGAAACUCUAACCAAUAGAGCCAAUAGUCCUGCUGCUUUUGCAACAGCAUUCCCCUAAUUAUAUUAGCUAAAAACAAAUUCAAGAACCAAAACAUACAAAACAGAAUCUGGAACUGUUUUAUCAGUAAUUUAUUAAAUUAUAUAUUAGGCUGCUCUAUAAGACUCAAUCAAAAUAUCUUCUAAAGGAGGAUUUACAUUAACAGCUUAUUCAAAAAAUGAAAACCUUGUUGAAGAUUUCUAUGCUGAUGUUGUAGCACCUGCUUUAGGCAUAGACUUUAUUAUGGAAACCUGGGGAAAUGGAACAGGUGGACUAUAAGCUCCUGUAUGUGAUUAAGUGCCUAAAUCAUAUUCCAAUUUAGUCAGAUAACAUGGAGUAUACAAUAAUUUUAUCAUAUUAGGCUUUUACAUUUUCAUAUACCAAGGAUCAUUCCAAGUUUGGUAUUACUGCAGCUUCAAAUAAUGUAUGCUUUUGUGAUUUGAACAGAUAAACAACAUAAUAAAAGAGAGGAGGUGUUAUUUAUUGCUUUUAACAUGAUAGUUUAUGGAGCAUUAUCAACAAAGCAUUCAUAAGUAGGCAAACAUGCUGAU